AUGGCGUACGUGUCAGUCGAAUCAGAUGAGAGAAUGGAAGAAGGCCCGGAAGGCCUUGAAUUCAAAUCAUUCUUGGGUGCAGAUCCAGCAGCGCCCAAUCCCAAUGCAGGCAGGUCCCCCGGCGUAGGCAGCGCCGACAGAGGUUACCUCCAGGACCAACCCAAAGGAAGUUCUGGUUUCUGGCAAAUUGAAUACUACCAGCCAUACUUUGAUGUGGAUACCAAAACUGUUAUCAAGCGAUGUUACUCAACGCUCAUACCCUCCAAUUCUGCCUACUCUACACUGCUCAACCCCUCGCCUGAUCUUUACGGUCCUUUCUGGACCCUCACCACUCUCAUAUUCACACUAUUCCUCAGUUCAUCCCUUGCUGCGUCCAUCGCGUCAUAUAUGUCAGAAGGGGAGUACGAUUACAAUUUCCAGCUCUUGUCUAUCUCCGUCUCUCUCGUUUAUGCAUAUGGCCUUGGAGUUCCGGUAGCUCUGUGGGUAGCGCUUCGUUACCUGGGUGUGGGUGAAUGGAGUGUGGUAGAAGCGGUCUCCAUCUGGGGUUAUGGCCAGUUCGUUUGGAUACCUGUAUCUCUACUCUGCGUCAUACCCGUCCCCCUUCUCCGUUGGUCUCUUGUCGGAGUCGCUUUCGGGCUCUCAGGCUAUUUCCUUGUGGUCAACGUUUAUCCAAUAUUGACCAUGGCUGAGGCCAAGGCUACACGGCUUCUUAUUGUCGUUGUAGCAGUCCUUCACGCUGCACUGGCUCUGACAUUCAAAGUGCUUUUCUUCAGCUACUAUGUAGCAGACGCUAUCGGUCCGGAUAUCCCACUACCAGGCUCAGAAGCUCCUGCGGACAACUCUACGUUAACUACCAUCGUCGAGCGAAUGUUCUCCUAG